AUGCCUCAUUCCACUCGAUUUCUCAUCCCGAACGCGUGGGAUCCCACCGAGGUUGACAAACCCCCUCAAAGCCCGGGCCGGAGGUCCCUUUUGGGGUCCCCCCAGGCCCCCGACCCGAACGCGGCGACGGAGCCGUGGGGGCCGAACUCAGACCUCUCCUUCAGCCUCACCAGCAGCAACGCGACGCCGCUGCACGCGAGCACGGGGAAGAGUAAACGUAAAGGGAAAAGGGAGGCCCGAGAUGGGCCCGAAAAGGAUCGGGCCGAACAAAACAGGAAAGACUACACACAUAAAGAACAAACAGGGAUGCGAACGCCAUCAGGCAUAGGUAGGACAUCCACACCACUUGGGCGAUCGCGAUGGCGGGAGGCGGGGGGGAGAGAAUCCCAUCGUCAAAGUAGUCAUCCCCAGCGUGCGGGGGCCUCCGGGAACCCGUCCUGGCCCUCGGGGCGAUUUUCCCUGAUUUUGUGCUCGCCUAAAUCCCCACGGACGCCCUUGGGAGUCCGCGCCGGGUCCUCGCCGAUGGCCCUCGCGAACGAGCGGCGGUCGGGCAGGACCGCGGCGGUGCGGGAAUCGCGCAAACUCUUCUCGACAGACCACAGCGGGGAGGAGUGGGAGAUCCGGCGGCGGCGUCGCGCCGGAUUGAAAACAGCGUCGGCGGGCCCAUCUCCAGCCCCCGCGCGCAUGGGAUCCCCCCCUUCGGGCGCGGUAGAUCAAACGGCGGGGUGGUUUGAGAAGAUUUGCCCCUACCCCGCGCGGAAUCCGACCUCGGUGGUAAAAAAGAACUUGGAAAGAAGCACCGUUGCCUUUGCGAAGUACCACAGUGUUUGCCAGCAGCUCGCCGAAGCCUCCGAUCAAAUUAGGUUUCUUCAAGAUGCCCUGCGCAAGGCCCACGAGGAGGCAGAGCGGCGCUUGAUAAAUUUGAAAGAAGCCUUUGCGGAAAAAGAACUUACGUUGCGAGAGGAGAUCCGGCUCUUGCGAAGGGAUAUUCCCGCAGAGUCAGCCUUUUUGUGUAGGAAAUUCUUAUAA